ACGUCACCCACUCCAAUCACGUGUCUGUAGGGACGUUCGGUCUGGAAAAGCGUGUGGAAAAAUCAAGCUCUCGCUAUUAAUAACCACCUCUCGCUACCGCACAUCCACUCGAGCGUCUGUGAGGGUUUUUUUUUCGCAGCCGUUGGAAUUCCUCUGGAGGUCGGGCUGCCUUGUAUUUAAACUCAGCCACUAUGGGGAACGUCGUCUGGAUGUCUGCGGACCUUGAAUCUCACCAGGAAGCCCAGUGGCCGCUGCGGUCCUCCGCCAGCAGUUAGCAUCACUUUUCCUCUUCAACCAGUGCCUUAAAUGUCGUUUUUGACAGGCUAGCAAAACAAGUAAGCACGUAUUUCAUUUCCCCCCCGAAUAUUUCAUAUUUAAUGACCGUAACAAUCGUCGUAACGACACGCUAAUAAUCAGCAGAUCUUCGACCUCAGCGGUGCCUUCAGGGUCUCAUCGAAGCUUUUCAUCAUGACUGGAAGAAGCGUUUGAGUGGUUCUUUUUUUUUUUUUUAAUUUUUUUUUACCCCUAACGACAUUUUUGAUCGACCAUGGGGACGUCCCUGGCCCCCGGCAUUCGUCUUAUCACGGCCUUCUCUCGGGAUAGCUGGUACCGCGGCUUCAUCCUGCUGCUCACCUUCCUCUUCUACACCGCCUACCACCUGUCUCGGAAGCCCAUCAGCAUCGUCAAGGGCGAACUCCACAGAAACUGCAGCGGCGUCAUCCGCCCGACCGACGUGAACAUCACCAACAAUGUCACGUGGUGCAACUGGGCUCCCUUUGAUCAGGACAACUACAACACACUCUUCGGGGUGUUGGACAACUCCUUCCUGGUGGCCUACGCCAUCGGCAUGUUUUUCAGUGGGAUCUUCGGGGAGCGCCUGCCGCUACGUUACUACCUGAGUUUCGGCAUGCUGAUGAGCGGAUUGUUCACCUGUCUGUUCGGUUUGGGCUUCUACUGGAACAUCCAUUCGCUGGGUUACUACGCCUUCAUCCAGGUGCUCAAUGGGUUGAUGCAGACCACGGGCUGGCCCGCUGUGGUGGCCUGCGUCGGCAACUGGUUCGGAAAGGGGAAGCGCGGCUUCAUCAUGGGCGUGUGGAACUCGCACACGUCGGUGGGCAACAUCCUGGGCUCGCUCAUCGCCGGCGCCUUCGUGUCGUCGGCGUGGGGCCUCUCCUUCAUCGUGCCGGGCGUCAUCAUCGCCUCCACCGGCGUCCUCUGCUUCUUCUUCCUGGUCGAGAAACCCGAAGACGUCAACUGCAGUCCUCCGCAGCAUCACAAUGACUUGGAAAGUGAAAGUGGUGAGACGGAUCCUCUCCUGCAGAGUCCGUCGCACGUGGCCAACGGUUCCAUCGUCGCCGACGCGCCCGACAACGCCGCCGGGCACUCGGAGGCCAUCAGCUUCUGGGGAGCGCUCAGCAUACCCGGCGUGGUCGAGUUCUCGCUGUGUCUGCUCUUCGCCAAGCUGGUCAGCUACACGUUCCUCUACUGGCUGCCGCUCUACAUCUCCAACGUCGCGCAUUUCGAGGCCAAAGAAGCCGGAGACAUGUCCACGCUUUUCGAUGUGGGGGGAAUCGUGGGCGGCAUCAUGGCGGGCGUCGUGUCGGACUACACGGGCGGGAGGGCCACCACGUGUUGCGUCAUGUUGCUUGCCGCCGCCCCCAUGCUUUUCCUCUACAACCACAUCGGACAGCGGAGCCUUGGCACCACCAUUGGCAUGCUCUUGGUUUGUGGCGGUCUGGUCAAUGGACCGUACGCCCUCAUCACCACCGCUGUAUCUGCUGACCUGGGCACACACGAGAGUCUGAGAGGCAACUCCAGGGCCUUGUCCACGGUGACGGCCAUCAUCGACGGGACGGGAUCAGUGGGCGCCGCGCUGGGCCCGCUCUUCGCCGGGCUCAUUUCGCCGUCGGGCUGGAACAACGUUUUCUACAUGCUCAUCUCCGCCGACAUGCUGGCCUGUCUGUUUCUGUCCAGGCUCGUUUACAAGGAAGCGCAAGGUUGGUGCGUACGCAUCCCGCGAGUCAGAGGGUACAAGGAAACUUGAAAGGAGGGACGCCGAGCAUCGCCGUGACAACCGCUCAGCCGCAUCUGGGACUGAAUGCAACUCGGUCACUUUUUAUCAUAAACGAGACACUUCUCUUUUUAAAUGACUCACUAACACACUGUGCUGUGCUCACUGGAUUAUUCUUUUAUCAGUAAAGUGUACAUACCUUA